AUGUUACUUGAAAGGGAAAAAAGGCAGACGGUUGCAGAGCGGAGGGCAGAAGAGAUGGUUUUAGGGAUCAAUGAAGCUUGGAAGUAUAUGACAUCCAUCAAGAAGAGAUCAAAUAGGGCAAUAAGCUUUCAACCUGAGGACAAGAGGAGUGUAAUUGAGUGGUGGAGGAAGAUGUAUAAUGGUCCUGAAAUUGGGGAACUGAUGCUGGCUGAGUCAUCGAAUAACAAUACUAUAACGAGAGAGGAAAUACUCAAAGAGAUUAGCUGAAUAAAGAAUGGCAAGGCGAAUGGACCUGACGGAAUCUCUGGAGAGCUCAUUAAAUAUGGUAGUGAUGAGUUAAAAAGGGAAAAUUGCAGAUCUUUUGAUGAGGAUGUGGGAAGAUGAGGAAAUACCAAAACAUAUGAAGUCAGCAAGUGUGAUUUUACUGCCAAAAAAAGGAGACGAUGUUAG